GCAAAAAAGUAAAAUAAUAAUGACAUUCAUAUACAUUCCAGCAUUGAAACAACUUGUGAAGCUCAGUCAGCGUUUUUAUGGUGAAAUACGAGAAGAGUAGCUUCAGUCAAAACUUCUGGCAGCAUCUGUUCAUUCCUUCAGUCUGAGCUUCUGGGCAUGCUCAGAACUAAUCUUUACAUCAAUGAAUCACUCAUCGUUUCAUUAUGGCAUCUAUAUUACUAACCCGGCACAGUAACCUCAGAGGACUUCUUUAUUUUAUGACUUCAGGAUCUCAGCGCAUUGUGUGACCCUCUUCAUAUGCAGAUCUUUGUGAACCUGCCAAUAGCACUUAGGCCGAGUCUUCUCAGGGGGUGUGGUGCUAGGACUCCUCAGAGGGAGGAUUCAGCAUGUUCAGGCAAGACAAGCUGCCUCUCUUUGCCUUCACUUAACCCUCGUUCUCUGAGGAACCCUCGGAGAACCUUGACAUUUUAAAGUGUUCUCAGGUUUUUUUUUUGUCUCCACAAUCGAUCAUGAGCAGAGUGAUUGAUGUUAAAUGAGAAUGCAGGCCGACUGGGAUCCACAGAGAAAACCAGCUGGAGAGAUCAGAGUUAAGCCUCCAGAUAAGAGGAGAGCAGUGCAGGAGAGAACCUUCACCAGAUGGAUGAACGUGUUUCUGCAGAGACGUGAUCCUCCGGUUGAAGUGCACGACCUCUUCGCAGACAUUCAGGAUGGCAGAAUACUCAUGGUCCUGCUGGAGGAGCUGUCUGGGUGCAAACUGCUUUACAGGUUUCGGUCAUCUUCUCAUCGCAUUUUCAGGCUGAACAAUAUUUCCAAGGCCCUGGCUUUCCUGGAUGACAGACAUGUGAAGCUGUUUGGCAUUGACGCCUCAGGUGUUGCUGAUGGCACCGCUUCUGUUGUUCUGAACCUCAUCUGGAACAUAAUCGUGCAUUUCCAGGUGAAGGAGGUGACGGGAGGUCUCCAGAGACAUUCUAGCCUCUCGUCCUUAUCCGUGAGCAGCUACCCGUCCUCCAGCGACCUCUCAACCUCGCCAGAUGACGCUGGCAGCUUCUCCUGCAGCACUCUGCCAAGUAAAGGCAGAAAGGCUGCCAGGGAGCCAAAGUACCACGGGAAAGCAAUUAAGACGCUCCUGUUGUGGGUCCAGAGAUGCACAUCGAAGUAUGGGGUGGAGGUGAACGACUUUGGGAAGAGCUGGAGGAGUGGGCUGGCAUUCCUGGCGUUGAUUAAAUCCAUAAACCCAGGCUUGGUUGACCUGAGGGAGAGCUUGUCCAGAGAGCCGAGAGAAAACAUCCAGCUGGCCUUCAUGACAGCCCAUCAGAGUCUGGAAAUACCACCGCUACUGGAGCCUGAAGAUGUGAUGUGCAGCUCACCAGACGAGCAGUCCAUCAUCACGUACGUUUCUAUGUUCCUGGGGCAUCAUUCAAGCACAGAUGAGGAUCAUUCAACAGAUAUAGAAGUCUCUGAGAUCCCCAGCUUCGGAUCCGUGGAGCCGCUCGGCUUUGGAGAGACUCUCGCCGAUGAUCCAGAAGCCCAAGCUUUGCUCAAAGGAUUGGAGAAGAGCAGCGAGCAGCAGCUGUGGAGACGGUGGUCCAGGAGAUCUUCAGGAAGCCCUCGUGUCGCCUCGCUUCACGUGAACGGAGCCAACGAACUCUCCUCCAACAAAAACAAAAGCAGGAGUCAGAGAGUUUUCCAGCCGCCCAGUCCACUGGACGCAGGCGUCUCCAACCAGGACAUCCGACUGUGGUUGGAGAAGGAUUCAGAUCAGAGCUACGGCAAGAAAAGAGUGGAUGAAAGUCGCUUUUCAUUGAGCUCUGAGGAGGGAAGCUACAGCGUGUCGGCGCUGGACUCAGACGAGGAGGACGCAUACAGCUACAUACUGAAUCUGAACAAAGAGGUUUCUCAGCCAUAUAAUCACCCGAAAAGACAAGUAGAAAAGGUGGAAGAGGAAACAGCGGAGGAACUCAACGAAGAGUCCAAACAUCUGGAAGGACAAGAGACGUUUAAUGGUGAUGAAUGUAAACAUCAGGAAGGCUAUGCGGAACAGAAUGCAGAUUCUGAUCUAGAAUCAGAGGCCGGCAAACAGUCGCUGACUCACAAGAAGCUUGAUUUGGACAGAAAUGAGAGCAGCUUCAGAGAGAAGUCAAACUAUAGAGACGGGUUUGAUUUGGAAUCUGAAAGGAGAAGCGAAGAAGAGUGGAGACUUGUUAGAGGACGGAGUAAUGACGACGGUGAUUGUUUCAAGGCAGAGAGAGAGGAGAUGGAAAACGCUCAACUGGAGAAGGAUGGAUGUGACAAAACACAAGAUGAUGGAGUGGAAACAAAGAUUUGUGAAGUGGGUAAUUGGCAGAAAGAGUCUGAGGAAGGAGGAGAAGGAGAGCUCUCUGAAAAAUGGGGACGAGUGAGUGAGUGGAGAAGAGUUCAGGAAGAAGAUGAGGGAGAAGAAGGGCAGGGUUCAGGUAAUGAAAGAGAAGAAGUAGAAAAGAGCGGAGGUCAGAACAGGGCGAAUUUAGAAAGUUUGGAGGUAGGAGUGAAGGAAGAAAUAUUAACUGACCAUCCUGAAUCCAGGAGUAAAAACACAGAGGAAAGUGACAGGAGAGACAAUGCUGUCAGGAUGGAUUCAACCAAGAACUGUAAAGACGUAGAAAAGACUGGAGACACUGAGGCAGAGAUAAAUUCAACAGAUUUUGAGCCAGUAGAUGGGAAAGAGAGAGAAGUGGAGAUCAGAAGACACAGAGAUCUGAUGAUAACAGACCCUCUUGGUGAAACUACCCCAAAAAUGGACGAAGUAGGAGAUGCUGACGUCCAUGAUGGUGUUAAAACCUGGACUCCUUACUGCAGUGAAGCCUCUGAGUCCUUCAGCGAGGGAGGAUUCAGCCUUCAGUCUUGUGACAUAACUCCAUUAGAGCUGGAGAUGCUCGUGGUCCUGUGGAUCCUGCUCUACUGCUGCCUCAUCCUACCUCAGAUGAACCUCUGAGCGCUCCCCUCCCGUUAAGAAAUGCUUAUUAGCCCAGUUUGCUCUAAUGAGCCAAACAGAGACAGCUAGAGCCGAGGCCGAAUCUGUGUCGCUAAAUGUCCCUCAAGGCAUUGUUUAAUGACUAUAUUUGCCUCGCGCUGCCAGCAGAUUUGUAAGAACUCAGGCUAUAGUUUCAGAUAAAGCUGGAAUCCAUAUUAUUAGGCAGGUUUUCAGCAGCUUGGUCUCACUCUACACACAUUAUCAGACGUGGUUUGUGGGCUGGUUUUGCUGUCCAAAACGCCGUGCAUUUGAUUGAUUUUCCUGGUAGGAUUGCACCUUUAAGUUUUAUUUAAUCGACCACAUGGUGGCGUCGCAGCAUCACAGCAGCGACCGUCUCACAUGACGACCCGCUGAGAGUCCCACAUGAGCUGCUGUUUAAUUAGAGGCUGUAUUGACGUGCUGAGAUGCAGAUGAUAAUAUUUAAUGAGCGCUUUUACAUUUGGCAGAGCCUCACUGUGCCCAGAACGUAUAGAGUUCCAUGGUUCUCAGCUCAGAUGACAGUUAAAGCGUAUUAUUAGCUUUUUUCAUGACAUUUUCAUGUGAUAUAAACAAAACAGCUUCUUGAUCUGUUUCAAUCCACUAAACCAGAGGUGUCCAACAUGCAGCCCGUGGGCCAAAAGUGGUCCUCCAAAGGGUCCAACCCGGUCCUCAAAGUGGAAAAAUUCCAGAGAAGACAUUAACUGCAGAUUAUAAAUUAGUAAAACUAUAAAUUUAAAAUCAUUUCGAGACCAUGACAAGUUGUUUUGAUCAGAAAGUAAAAUAUUAGAUUGUUCAUUGUUCUUUUGUCAUUUUGUGUCUCAUUUUUGUAAUAUUUUGUCUUUUUUUGUCUGACUUUUGUCGUUUGUGUCAUGUUUUUGUUUGAUUUUUGUCGCUCUUGUGUUUUUUGUCUCAUUUUUAUCAUUUUGUGUUUUUCUUUAAUUUGCUGUUUUGAGUGUUGUUUUUUGUUGUUUUCUCGUUUUUGUCGUUUUGUGUUGCAGUUUUGUCUCGCUUGUGUUGUCUUUUGUCAUUUUGUUUCUUUUUUGUCUUUUUUUGUCUUUGUCAUUUGUGUAAUUUUUGUCACUUUCUAACUUUUUAAUCAAAUUUUUUUCUCUUUUGCUUCAUGUAAGUUGUCUCAUUUUUUGUCAUUUUGUGUCUCAUUUUUGUAAUAUUUUGUUUUUGUUUUUUGUCUUCUUUUGUCUGACUUGCCAUUUGUGUUGUAUAUGUCAUUUUGUUUCUCAUUUUUGUCAUUUUGUGUUUCACUUUACUUGUUGUUUUCUGUGUCGUUUUUGUCCGUUUGUGUUUUUUUCUCGCUUGUGUUGUCUUGUUUUUUCUUCUUUCUUUCUUUUUUCUUUUUUUUAAAAUCAUUUUUUGUCUCGUAUAUGUCAUUUGUGUAAUUUUUUGUCCUGUUUUUGUCCAUUUUUUGUUGCUUUGUAACUUUUUAAUCAUAUUUUUUAUCUCUCGUUUUUUCAUGUAAUUUGUGUCAUUUUUUUGUCGUCUUGUGUCUCAUUUUUCUAAUAUUUGGUUUUGUUUCACAAAUCCUCUAUGGUUCAGUUCCAGAUGACUAAAUAUUGUGUUCCUUUAUAGACACUCUGUGAUCUGGAAGUUGUAAUGUGGAAAUGAUGAACUGAGGUUGAAUGUUGAUGAAACUGAAUUUAUUUUUCUGAAGAAAUUUCAGGUUGUUCAUGAAGUUUAGUAAAAAGAUAAUUCCUUAAAUGUGAACAUUUUCAGAACUGGUACUAAAACAAAGGAAACAUGAGGAGUUGUAGUUAUUUAUAAGUUAUUCUGCUGUGAUUUUACUGGAGAUCAGACUGGGCUGAAUGUGGAACCUGAACUAAGAUGAGUUUGACACCACUACACUAGACAGAAUCAGGCCUGUAAAUACUGCAUUUCUUGACUGUAGACAUGUCUUUCUCAUGUAAAAUUCCUGCUGGUGUGUACACAGUGGAGCUGGAGCAAAAUAAAAAUGUGCUGAGUUACAUAAG